AUGCGCCAACUUGGCGACAAUAUCGCCCAUGCGCAACAUCAGCAAGCCCAUCAGGCCAACAAGCACGGUCGCAAGAACACCAAUACGUUCUGUGUUGGCUUAGUCUAUCUCCACAAGUCGGCGGCGCCUCCGACGGUCCUACGCAACCCAAAGCUCCAGAUGACUGGCGAAUACACACGACGUUCUACGUCGGCAAGAUCAAGCGCCACUUACCCCGAUUUAUCGACGGCGAGGCCGCGCAGUCGGAUGGGAAACAGUGUCCAGCAGAUGCUCCACGCGCACCUCCAUCUCCAAGACGCGACGAGUCACGUCACAAAGACGCUGAGACUCCUCACGAACGCUCUUCAGCGCAUCUCACUGAUCCUCCUGCAACCGUUGCAGGGCAAUUUCAACCUUCACGACCCGACCUUGAAGGUCUCCAAUAGCAGACUUUGUUGCGCCAGCAACCACCUCCGCCCGCACACGCCACUCCUCCAAGUGUUCUGGCUUCGGGUGCCGUUUCAGCGUCGCUUCAGCCCGCGACAAGCGAUGCAGGACCUCUGCCUCCGACCCAAAUGUCGGAGGGGUCACCUGCAUCAGGCGCUCGACAGCUGCCAAUCGUUCAAGCACGGUAUCGUGCUCCAGUCGCGUCACGCGAUGCCCCUUCAACUUCCGCUAAACUGCAGACAAGCGAGCGACCACGGCGUCAUGCUGCGCCGAGCGCACCUCAAGAGCAACCAAACGCCUCAACACGUCGUGGGCGACGUCAGCGAUUGCAUCUGCCGCACCACGAGUUCGUGGUGA